CCGGCCACGUUCAUCCUGGUUGGGCCGGGCACGGAGCAGCUGCACGUCUGGAUCCCCAUCCCGUUCUGCACCACACACCUGGCAGCCCUGCUGGGGAACAGUGUCCUGCUGUUCCCCACGUGGAGUGAGCACAGCCUCCGCCAGCCCAUGUACCUCCUCCUGCCCAUGCUGGCCGUGGCUGACCUGGCACUCUCCACCACGGCGGUGCCCAAGGUGCUGGCUCUGUUCUGGUUCUGUCAGGAGAUUUCCUUCGGUGCCUGCCUGACCCAGAUGUUCUCCCCCCUCACCUGCUCGGGGGGGUCAGUGAUCCCGCUGGCCACAGCCUGUGGCUGCUCCAUUGCCAUCUGCCCCCGCUGUGCCAGGGGCCGUGCUGACCCCGGCAGCCGCGGCCAAACCGGCCCGGUGGCUUUGCUGAGGAGCUUCUGCAUCAUCUUCCCGUGUAUUUUCCUGCUGAAGUGGCAGCUGUUCCGCGGGCACAGUGCCAUCCUGCACACCCACUGUGAGCACACGGGCAUCGCCCGCCCGGCCCGCACCCACACCUCCCUCAGCAGCUGGUACCUCACGGUGCCUCUGGCCGUGGUCACGCUCCACCUCGUCCUCCUUGCUGUGUCCUGUGUGUUCAUCCUCAUGGUGCUGUUCAGGCUCCCCCAGGACCACAAGGCUUUCAACACCCGUGGCUCUCACAUCUGUGUUUUAGUCUUUUUCUACGUUCCCGUUGCUUUCCCGGCGCUGACGCUUCAGCUGGAACAUCCCCUCUGGAACAUCCCCUGCCACGUCCACACCCUGCUGGCCAACCUGCACGUGCUGCUCCCCCCGCUUGAACCCCUCGUGUGCGGAGGGAGGGCACAGCAGGGCAGGGAGAAGGGUGUGAAGGUGUUCGUCCGCCCCAAGAGCCACUUCCUGGGAGAACAGGAGUGA